UUUGAGAGGAGGCACGCACAUAUUGAGUCAAGCUUUGCUUCGAACAAGAUCGACAACUAUGAGGCCUUGUCGAGUAAUUUUACAUGCAUCUGUCCUAACAGUUCUAUUGGCUACCCAGUCGAUCGCCCAAGGCUUCACCACCGGAGAAGCUCCGGGUUUCGCUGUCGGCACCACCGGUGGAGGAAACGCAAUACCCGACCACCCCAAAACGCUGGACGAACUAAAAGAGCUCCUCCGCGAUGAUAAGCCGCGCGUUGUCGUGCUUGACAAAGAAUUCAACUUCCUCGGAUCCGAAGGAAAAACGACCGAAAUGGGAUGCCGACCCAAGUCCAACACGGCCUGCCUCGCCAAGAGCAACGGGUUCAAGGGUCAGGAUGUGAUUCUCUUUCCAGGUGACACCACGCUCACCCACACAGGAGGGUGUGAUCAGCCAGAGAAAGUGGAGAUCACGUAUGACAACGCCAGCAAGGACAUGUUGUCGGUUCGCAGUAACAAGACACUGCGUGGUGUCGGCAAGAAAGGGGUAUUGAAAGGCAAAGGACUCAAGCUCGAGGGUGACAACAUCAUCAUCCAGAAUAUCCACAUCACUGAGCUCAACCCGCAGUAUAUUUGGGGAGGAGAUGCCUUCUUCAUGGGAGGCAUCGAUAAACGCGCAUUGAAGAAAAUCUGGAUCGACCACGUUAAGGUGUCACGUGUUGGACGGCAGAUGUUCGUCAGUGGUUUUGACGGUGUCGAGAGUAUCACGAUCAGUAACUCGGACUUCGAUGGCCGCACAGACUGGUCGAGUUCGUGUGACGGUCGUCACUACUGGGGGUUCAUUCUGGACGGCACUACUACGCGCGUGAGCUUCCUCCAGAACUACGUCCACUCGACAUCGGGCCGUUCACCAAAAAUCAUCGGUGCGUCAAGUCCGAAUGCAAACGUGGUGGCGCACAUUGCCAACAACUACUGGUCCGACAACUCGGGUCAUUCGUUUGAGCCAGGGAAGAACGCUUUCGUUCUGGCUGAAGGCAACUUCUUUGAGGGUACGUUACAGCCCAUGGAGGCCGACGCUGAGAAAGCGAGCAUCUCGGUGGCGGACGAUUGCAGUGCUGCACUGGGUCGUUCGUGUCCUGGCAACACUGUAGAGAAGAGUGGCAAGUUUGAGUCGGUGAACGGAGCGCGAGCUCUAGAGACGGUGAAGAAGUACAAGGAGAUCACGGGAUACAAACCGGGUGAGGCUACUCAGCUAUCAGAAUCGGCUGAUAACUUCGGCGUUGGCACGUUGGGCGAUUCACCGUCCCAGGGAGAAGUUAACCAGACGGACGGCUCUCAACCAGAGGCUAAUACCAAGCAAGAGGACCCCGCUCAAUCAGAGGCUAAUGUCAAGCAAGAGGACCCUACUCCCGCUGCAAAUACGAGCGCUACCGGCGCCCCUAAGACUAAUGGUAGCAUUACAAAACAAGGCAGUACGUAAUAACAGAGACUCACCGUCUCGAGAAGCUGUCGAGCAAGGGAUCGUCGCCAAGGAUUUCGAGUCACCGGAAAAGGUUGCUUACAUAUAUACUUACGAGUAGAAGCGUUGUCGUGCUUAAUUGACGCUGAAGGGUACGCUUACUACAUCUACAAUUGCGUUUAAAAACAAGUUGAUGUGAAU